CCUCCCUCCACAACACCUCUUGGUCACUGAAGACUUCCGAUAGACCUUGAAUGCAAAAGGACAUUUAGGUUGCCUUUGCACAAAUCAAGUCCAUUUGGGAGACAAAGUGGGAGAAUACAGGUGUCACUUUAACCCAACAAGUCAAUGAACACAUUCCACACUUAAACCUUUACACAUAUGAUGGAUGAUGGUUAUCGAAACAACCGGAACCUCUACCAUGGUGCACGGGAUAUAGCUCGAGAGGCAACCAGACAGUCCCAGAACCAAGGGAUGGAUGACUACAAAUAUCAGGACAACUACGAGGGCUAUGCCCCCAACGAUGGCUAUUACCGUGGCAAUGAAUCCAACCUAGAGGAGGACGCUCAGAGUGAUGUUACAGAAGGCCAUGAUGAGGAGGAUGAGAUCUAUGAGGGUGAGUACCAGGGCAUCCCUCACCCAGACGAUGUCAAGGUCAAGCAGGCCAAGAUGGCAGCCCCCAGGGCAGAUGGCCUUCGGAGCCAGGCAGAUCUGAUGGCUGAGAGGAUGGAGGAUGAGGAGCAGUUGGCCCAUCAGUACGAGACCAUCAUCGAGGAGUGUGGCCAUGGGCGCUUCCAGUGGAUCCUCUUUUUCGUCUUGGGAUUGGCCCUGAUGGCUGAUGGAGUAGAGGUAUUUGUGGUGGCUUUUGCCCUGCCCAGUGCUGAGAAGGACAUGUGUCUGUCCAGUUCCAAGAAAGGAAUGCUUGGGCUGAUAGUCUACCUAGGAAUGAUGGCCGGGGCCUUUGUCCUGGGGGGCCUUGCUGAUAAAUUGGGCAGGAAGAGGGCUCUCAGCAUGUCUCUGGCCAUCAAUGCCUCUUUUGCCUCCCUCUCCUCCUUCGUGCAGGGGUAUGGAGCCUUCGUCUUCUGCCGACUCAUCUCCGGAAUAGGCAUUGGAGGUGCUCUGCCCAUUGUCUUUGCCUAUUUUUCUGAGUUCUUGUCUCGGGAGAAGCGAGGAGAGCACCUCAGUUGGCUGGGCAUCUUCUGGAUGACUGGGGGCAUCUAUGCAUCUGUGAUGGCCUGGAGCAUUAUUCCACACUACGGCUGGGGCUUCAGCAUGGGGACCAGUUACCACUUCCAUAGCUGGAGAGUGUUUGUCAUCGUCUGUGCUCUGCCUUGCACCGUGUCCAUGCUGGCCCUGAAGUUCAUGCCAGAGAGCCCAAGGUUUCUGCUAGAGAUGGGCAAGCAUGAUGAAGCCUGGAUGAUUCUCAAGCAAGUUCACGACACCAACAUGAGGGCAAAGGGGACCCCUGAGAAGGUGUUCACAGUUUCCAACAUCAAAACUCCCAAGCAAAUGGAUGAAUUCAUUGAGAUCCAAAGUUCAACAGGAACUUGGUACCAGCGCUGGCUGGUCAGAUUUAAGACCACCUUCAAACAGGUCUGGGAUAAUGCUCUGUACUGCGUGAUGGGGCCAUACAGAAUGAACACACUGAUUCUGGCUGUGGUCUGGUUUGCGAUGGCCUUAAGUUACUAUGGACUGACAGUUUGGUUCCCUGAUAUGAUUCGGUAUUUUCAAGAUGAAGAAUACAAGUCUAAAAUAAAGGUAUUUCACGGUGAGCACGUGUAUGGUGCUACAAUCAACUUCACGAUGGAAAAUCAGAUUCACCGACAUGGGAAACUUGUGAAUGAUAAGUUCACAAAGAUGUACUUUAAACAUGUACUCUUUGAGGACACGUUCUUUGAUGAGUGCUAUUUUGAAGAUGUUACAUCUACUGAUACCUAUUUCAAAAAUUGCACCAUCGAAUCAACCAUCUUUUACAACACAGACCUUUACGAACAUAAGUUUAUCAACUGUCGGUUUAUCAAUUCCACCUUUCUGGAGCAGAAGGAGGGCUGCCACAUGGACUUUGAGCAAGACAAUGACUUCCUGAUUUACCUCGUCAGCUUCCUCGGCAGCCUGUCUGUCUUGCCUGGGAACAUCAUUUCAGCCCUGCUCAUGGAUAGAAUAGGAAGGCUGAAGAUGAUUGGUGGCUCUAUGCUAAUCUCGGCAGUCUGCUGCUUCUUCCUGUUUUUUGGCAAUAGUGAAUCUGCGAUGAUUGGCUGGCAGUGCCUGUUCUGUGGGACCAGCAUUGCCGCCUGGAAUGCUCUGGAUGUGAUCACAGUGGAGCUGUAUCCUACCAACCAGAGGGCAACAGCCUUUGGCAUCCUCAAUGGAUUAUGCAAAUUCGGUGCCAUCUUGGGAAACACCAUCUUUUCUUCUUUUGUUGGGGUAACCAAAGUUGUCCCCAUCCUUCUGGCUGCUUCUUCCCUGGUGGGAGGUGGCCUGAUUGCCCUCCGGCUGCCAGAGACUCGAGAACAAGUCCUGAUGUAAACAACCUAAGGAGAAAGGAAAGAUCUGAAGAACCUUGUCCAGGAUACCUUAAAGACACUUCUCGUCUGUCACUGUCCAGAGGAGACCUUGGAUAGCACAGGAAGAGAAGCUGAUUUUGUGACCUCUAGUUUAGGACUAAUUUCAGUGGUUAAUAUGCUUGUAACUCAGGUGACUGAUUUGGGGGUGCCCAAGUCACCCUUAGAAUCACAGAACUUGGCUUCAGGUCUCCCCAGCCCAGUAUUGAGAAGAAAGGUAACACUGUCCAGUGAGUCAACUCUCUAAGCAAGAAGUAUGCAUUUCCCCAGUGGGGUGCAAGGACUUAUUUGCAUUUCAAAAUGAUUUUGUGGGUGAGAAACACUCAAGCUCCUCCAUAAAACUCCCCGGAGCCC